AAUGAAGUCAGCAGCAAUGGGAGGCCGUACAGGGACCCAUGACACACUCUGGACCUGGCAGCAGCAUGAGGAGGCGGUACAGGGGCCCAUGACAGAUUACGGGCCUGGCAGCAGCAUGAGGAGUCAAGGGUACGGGGGCCCAUGGCAGAUUACGGGCCUGGCAGCAGCAUGAGGAGGCGGCCAUAACAGAGGCCUAUGUUUAAAAAGUCCCCCCAGCAGCAGCGUGGGGAGACGACUAUUAACCUAGGCCUGUGUAUGGCUUCAGAAUAAUGCUGCCUACACCGCCACCCUGCGCCAUGUGCCUCUGUCGUCUGC